UUGGCCCAAGCCGCUGUGAGAGAGAGAGAACGAGAGCGCGCACUCGUCACCCGCCAUGACGCUGAGCUACUGGGAGAAGUGGAACAUGGUGUGGCUGGCCGCCAACUUCUACAUCCACUUUGGUUGGGAGAUGAGUUUGCUCGGCUUCUUCGACUAUGCCGAGUGGAAACCCGCGUUCAAGAAAUGGAACCCGUUCUGCGCGGCCUUCUUCUCCUACGGCGACUAUGACCGACGUUACAAGCUGAAGCCGCCAGCCGACUACCAGGGCACCAAAGCCAGCAUCGAUAAGGUGGUCUUGGCGGUGGAAGUCCCCGCCGGCAUCAUUGAUGGAGCGCUUUGCCUUGUGUGGCUGAAGGGCAUCCUGGACAACGCCUGGUACCGAUGGCCCACCCAGCUGACCGUCAGCGCGCUGCACGCCUUUGGCACGGUGGUCUUCUGGUCAGACGAGCUGGUGCCCGGUUGGAUGAGCUGGUUCAAAGGUAACGGCUGGAAGUGGACACACACUGACGGCCCCAAGUCCAUCCACUGGUGGUGGGCCUUUGUGGGCACCAACGCAGUUUGGGUGGUCAUUCCCCUGAUGUAUUGCAAGAGCGCCAUUGACGUGAUGAAGCCUGUGCUGAAGACUCUGGCGUAGGUCAUCCAGGGCCGUGUGAAUCAGACAAAUGUGGUGGCGUCAGCUGGGAGCACUGGCUGUUCACCAACCAGCGGUUUAAAGACAAGGCCUUGAGUCCUUGAGUUGAAAUACUGAAGAGACAAAGGCUGUCAAAUUUUAAAGCAUUGCCUUUGCCCAAGCCAAUGUACGUGUGCUCUUCACCUUGUGGAGCAGUGCGCAGGUUUUCGGCAACGGUUUGAAAUGCUUCUCACCAGACGGUAACAGUAGGUUUGGAAAGCUACAGCUCAGGAGAGCUUAGCAACAACGGCACGGCAAUGAUUGACAUGUUGACUCGUUGUUUUCCUUAUCCUUGCCAUGUCGGAGUUGUUUCGCAUGGAGAAAGAGCGCGCUGGAAAGC